AUGCGAUGGCUGGCGGAACCAGUUCGAUCGGUCAUCGUCCCCGCUGACGUGUUCCUGACCAACAAGAAGGGCUUCCCGGUGCGCUUUUUGGGUGAGCAAAACUUCUUUCCUUCUCUUGUUCGGUUCGCCAACAUUUCCGCAGCAUCCUGA